AUGUCUUUGGUAUCAUCAGAUCCAUCGCUGCGUUUCGCCUCGCUGGUGGCUCAAAGGACUACAUCAUCCUUGCUACCGAUUCGGGCCGGAUCGCCACUGUCGAGUCAAUAUCUUGCCACUGAUCCAAAAGGUCGCGCUUGUCUGAUUGCCUCUAUCGAAAAGAACAAUCUGAUUCAUGUCCUUGAUCGUAACGCUGAGGCGGACCUCACUAUAUCAUCACCACUGGGGGCUCGUAAGCACGGGAUCCUCGACUUCUCGGUAGUGUCCCUUGAUGUCGGCUAUGCACUUCACAACCAGCAAUGUAUCUUGGCGCUCAGCACCACUUUGUGGAUAGCACACAUGAACCCAGUCAUGGGCGGGUUUUUAGUCACUCCUCUUUCAUACCAUGAACAUGGGCAUGGAAUUUCACAAGCGAACAGUGCGAGGAAGGCAUCGUUGGAAUCAACAGGGGUCGUCUCUAAUCCAUCCAUUCAUCCACAAGACCAAGGUCGAAGAGCCACCUACGGCACUCCUGUCCUUUCAAGGCCGACUGCUCGCUGGAAUCGGCAGAUUCUGAGCAUUUACAACGUAGGCAUGAGACAAUUGCUCCGAAGGGCACAAAUAUACAUUUCGCCGCAGCAUACUGUCCCCUUACAAUCCCCAGGCUUCCGAAUUGUUGUUGGCGACCUGCAACACGGCAUGACCAUGGUGGUUUACAAUCGCGUCUCAAAUAAGCCCGUGGCGCCGCUCACAGGCUUCAACUGA